AUGAGUGAAACAACAACAACACCAACAACAACGCCUGUUGUUGUUAUUGAACCAAUUGAAAAUAUCGAUAAUGAAACAAUUGAAUUAAAUCUUAAAUAUGAAAAUUUUAAUAUUUUGGGUAUUCAAACAUUAAAAUGUUUGGAUGCAAUGAGAAAAGAACGACAAUUAUGUGAUGUGAUUUUAACAGUUGAAGGUCAUGAAUUAUUUGCACAUCGUGCUUUAUUAUCUUGUUAUUCAAAUUAUUUUCUUGAACUUUUUAUUAAUGAUGAAACAAAUGCAUCAUCAAAAAAACAAAUCUAUUAUCAAAUUGAUGGUCUUGAACAUACAGCUUUAAAAUUAAUUAUUCAAUUUAUUUAUCAAGGAAGUUUUCAAUUAACAUCAGAUAUGGUACCAAAAGUUUAUCUAGCUGCGCAUCAGUUACGUGUUGAAACAAUUCUUCAAGCUUGUUCAAAUUAUCUUACUGAACAACUCACUGCACACACUUGUUUGAGUACACGUCUAUUAGCCGUGGAUGAUGAUCUUCGCACUAAAGCAACGGAAUGUAUUCAAAAUAAUUUUUUUGCUGUUCUUGAAACACGUGAAUUUCACGCGUUACCAUCUAUAAAACUUGAAUUAGUUGAUUUCACAAUACCUAGUACAACUAUUAUGUGUGAUCUGAUAUUGAAUUGGAUUGUUCAACAACUUCAAAGAGAUAAAACUCUUCAAGAAAUUGGUGAAUAUAUGCAUCUACUGUAUAUUAAUGAUGAUAAAACUUUUCAUGACUGUAUGGAUAUGGAAGAGAAAAAUAUGAGUUUUUCUGAUAUGAUUAAAGAUUAUCAAAGUUAUAAAUCAACAAAAAGAACUGCAUCAGUAUCAUCAACAUCAAGUAAUUCAAAUGAAAAUUCAAUUUUCGAAACCGUAUGUCUACAAUUAACUAAUAAUCAGAUACCAUCAUAUACACCAAAUAAUUCUAAUACACCUGAAACAAAAUUUAUUCAUAUAGCACAAUCAACUGAAUACAGUUAUAUUGCUAUUGCGAUUGUGAAAGGCAAAAUGUUAAGUGUUGCAAUUCAUAUACCACCCGUAUCAUCAUCAACUGUUAAUACACCUGAAAUCGGUGAUACUCUUCAUACAGAUAGAAACGGUGAUGACCAUUAUAUGGGAAAUGGUAUUAGUGGUCCGAUAUUAACAACAGAUAAAGACAUUCCAUUGGCUUCACUUACAACAGCACGAUGUGGUUUUGGUGUUAUAUCAACUAUCGAUUCUAUAUAUGCUGUUGGUGGAUAUGAUCGUGGUGAUUGUCUCGAUACAAUCGAACAAUUUGAUCCAAUUGAAGAUAAAUGGACUUUAUUAUCUAUUCCAAUGAUUAGUCGACGUGGUCGAGUAUCAGCUGCAAUAAUCAAUAAUAAAAUUUAUGUUUGUGGUGGUAGUGAUGGACAAAAAGAAUUAAAUACAGGUGAAUAUCUUGAUUUACAGUCUAUGGAUAAAUGGGUACCAAUAAAAGAUCUGGAUAGGCCAGUCGCUCAUGGAGCAAUGUGUAGUGAUAAUUCUCAGGUAUAUUUAAUUGGUGGAUGCGAAGGUGAUACAUGUAAAAAUAGUUGUUAUUGUUAUAAUCCAGAAACGAAUCUUUGGUCAACAUUAAAUCCUAUGAAAUCUGAACGAAGUCAAGCAGCUGCUGUAUAUUUUAAUGGUAAAAUUUAUGUUUUUGGUGGAUAUACAUCAAAUCGAUGUUUAUCAUCGUGUGAAAUCUUAACUUUAUCAACAAAUGAAUGGUCAAAUGGACCAGCAAUGCGUGAAAAUCGUCGUGGAUGUGGUGCUGUUGUAUAUAACAACCGAAUAUAUAUUAUUGGUGGUUCAAAUGGUGUUACAUCAUUAACAUCAAUUGAAAUAUUUGAUCCAAAUACAAAUGAAUUAAUGAAUAGUAUAAAUGGAAAUUGUAAUGAAUUAAAUAUUCCACGUGUUGGAGUUGGAAUUACUGUAUGUCAAGAAAAACUAUAUGUUAUUGGAGGUUUUGAUGGACGAACGUUUCUUAAAACAAUUGAAGUUUAUGAUGAACAUAGUCAACGAUGGAAAUUAAAUUAUAAGAUAAAUAAUUCAAACUGA